AUGCGGAUCCUCGUUAACAUAUUCUCCGUAUGCUUGUUCUUUGUCUAUUCGAUAGACGCUGCUGAUCCGAUCACCAACAAUACCGAGAUCACCUACGAUGUGAUAGUUGUAGGCGCUGGAUUGACUGGUCUCACAGCGGCCAGACGUAUUCAGAUGACUCGACCUGAGCUCAGAGUUCUGGUAUUGGAGGCCCGUGGAAUGGUUGGAGGAAGGAUUAGGUACUCAUCGAUGCAGACGAGGAAUGGCAUCGAAUUCGUCGAUAUAGGUUCACAAUUCAUUUCUCCAAACGAUCAAGAGCUUUUGGAGCUUCUCAAUGAGAUCAAUGUCACCACAACUCGACAACUGAAUUGCGGUGAGAAUGUGGUGUUUCAACAGGAACGGAAUAAAAGACAAGCGGGAUUACAAGCACAAUGGCAGUCGACGCAUUUCGACGACUUCUUGUCAAACGGCGAGCUUCUCGCGAAUUUGACGAAUGUCUCGAUUACUCAGUACUCGAACACUCUGAACACUCCAGAUGCGGACUCGAUUAAUCGACUCAUGCAGACAUUCUAUGAUGCUCCCGGUGAGAAUGUCGCUCAAGUGCAACUCGCAUUGACAUGCAGCAGUCAAAAUUCGACGACGAUUCAAAUCCUUCGCAAUUUUGGGCAUGGAAAUUCGUUGCUAUCGAAUGUCGGAAUGAACGAAGUUGCGAGGAGAUUAGCUGACGGACUGCUUAUCGAAUACAAUCAGCGUGUGGUAUCGGUUAAUGAUGCUGCAAGUCCGUCUGUAGUCACAACGUCAUCUGGAACCUUCUACACCGCCCGUCAAGUGAUCGUUGCGGUUCCCGUCGCCACAUUGUCCAACAUUCGAAUCGUUCCGCAAGUCGAGACGCCAUUUGCUCAACUCAUUCAAAAUUACUAUCCAACCGGACAUGCUUAUUAUUUCUCAAUGACAUUCCAAAGACCAACGUGGAGAUUAAACGGGAAAUCAGGACGGGUGAUCUACACGUCGCAAAGAGGGCCGCUCGUUUGGCUGACAACUUUCGAUACUACACUUGCUUCAUCGUGCGAAAGCGCUUCCAACUCGUCUUCGACACUUUGGGGAAUUGCGCAUUUCUCAUACGAGGUUCCAUUCGAGACCCGACGCUCUCAGUACACACAAGCGAUCAUGUACUCAAUGAGAUUCGCCGAUUUUUCGCCGAUCGAUGUCUCUGAUGUCAGCUUUUCGAACGACGAUUUGGCGCGCGGAACGAUUCCCACGCUUCGUGUCAAUGUUCCAGUUGAGUCGCUCAAAUAUUUGGACAAUUUCCACACAGUUUACCAGAACGUCCACAUUUCGACGGCUGAUUUGGCAUCAGUUUCGCUCGGAACCAUGAACGGAGCGGUUCACGCCGGCCAUUCCGUCGCCUACCACGUCCUCUCCGUUCUCACCGAAGCCGAUUCGAUGACGAACGGCGUUCUGCACGACACGCCGCUUGAAACGAGCACGCCAUUCGUUUACCAUACAUCGUCGCAUUACCCGCCAUCAAUGUUUGAGACGUCUUCCCCAUCUGCCGAGCCAAUCAGCGAAUCCGCACAACAUCUCAAUCCGCUGCGAGACGAACAAAGCGGAACAUCGACGACGUUCCGCUACGAAACUUCUUCACAUUAUCCAUCGACACAAGCGCCAACGACAACAACGAUGAAGCAUUUCAGCUUUGGCAAUCUUGACGACACCGAAAACAAAAAUAACAAUAAUAAUGCAACCGAGGUCAAAGAAGACGUAAAUGUCGUCGCCUAUGAAAGCAUUCCUCUUGAGCAAACGCCAAGAGGAGAAGGAUUUGUCUACAAGACUUCGACACAAUGGAAAUUUGCCGCAAAACAACAUCCAACGCGGCAAGUUCUGAGAAUAUUUGAAACAUUGAAGACAAAAUAUUUAGAUGAGACCUCGAGAGUCGCUGAAAGUGUUCCGGUUAAUCAGAACACGAAUAACUUUGUAUAUUCGACGACGACUCACUAUCCGCCAUCCGCUUUAGCCGUUAAUGAUAUUAAUUUGAGAGCAACGCCGCCUCCACAGGUCAUCGAGCAAUUACACGAUGUGUCUGAUAAGGCGGCAAACACUUCAUCAGUUGAGCUCGCUUACAAUCUCAACUCUUUGGUGAACGUGCUGCUCACUGGAUUGAGACUCCGCUAA